UGCAUUUCUCUCCCCACGAGCUGUCACGCUGACAGAUCAUCAUCAGAGCACUGAUGAUCAGUGUGCCCUGAUGAUCUGUGUAGCCCCAGCAGCGCCACCUGCCAGUGUCCAUCAUUGCCACAUCAAUGCCACAUAUCAGUGUGCAUCGAAGCUGCCUUUCAGUGUCACCCAUCAGUGCCACCUAUCAGUGCCAGUCAGUGCAGCCUCUCAGUGUGCAGAGCCGCCUAUCAGUGCCAUAUAUGAGUGCUGCCUUUCAGUGCCCAUCAGUGAUGCCUGUCAAUGCCCAUCAGUGCCUAUCACAGCAGCCUCAUUAGCGCACAUCAGU